AUGAAACAACCGAUUCUGUUCACUACAAAUGGGAUGUUUAUCCUCGACGAGAUCCAUUCUAAUAUGGAUGAAACUUUCUAUGAUGUGCCUGGAGGAGCUGGGACGUUUACCAUGUUAGGCGCCACUUUGGUUCUAAGCUCAAUUACUAGACAUUCAUUUCAAGAGAUUGGGUGGAUAGUCGAUCGAGGAAAGGACUUCCCUGAUACCAUGACUCGAUUGAUAGAAUCAUGGAACUCGGGCGCUAUCUUUAGAGAUGAUGGUACAAGGCUUACUACGAGAGGUUUGAAUUGUUACGGUGAUAAUGACUCCAGGUCAUUUCAGUUUACCACAGAGAAGAAACAAAUUGGUGUUAAAGAUUGGGUAGGAACGGUAUGUGAUGUUACAAGCAUCCAAAAACUUCGAGGACUUCAUCUUGUAUGUUCCUCAAUACGGUGUAACUCUAUCCUCGACGAUUUGGCGCAUAUUACAGAUGAAUCUUCAGGCUCCAAUUUAGUGUGCAUUUGGGAACCUUUUCCUGAUGAAUGCACUGUAGAGAAUCAAAAAGAAAUUUUGAAAAUAGUACAAAGAGACGAAAGAAUCCUAUUUUCCCCUAAUAUUAAAGAAGCUGCCCAGUUGUUCGGAUUAGAAGAGCCAUCUUCUUUACUAAGUUGUUACGGUAUUAUGCGUAUCGUAGAGAAAUUCUUAAAGCCUGAAGAUAUAUGUGUUUUAAGAUGCGGUAAAUUAGGGAGUAUUACCUCAAAACCAUCAAAAGACCCUUGUUCCGAUAGGGAAAUUAUACAUUUCCCUGCAUAUCAUGAUAAGGACAAUACUAAGGUUAUUGAUCCAACGGGAGGAGGAAAUUCAUUUUUGGGUGGUUUCGCAAUGGGCUAUAUCUUGACUCAAGACUUGGAUAUCGCAAACGUGUGUGCUAAUAUUUCAGCUGGCUGUAUUAUCGAACAAGUUGGUGUACCAGUUAUAGAUCAUAAUAACGACGUAAAAUGGAAUGGUCUGUCAUUUGCUGAAAGGUUAGAACAUUAUAUUAUGGUUCAUGAGCUAAACUAUGACAUAAAAGCUAUAAAGGAUAAACUAGUUCACUCUACAUACAAAAGUAGCUAG